GCAACCGGCGCAAACUUUCCAUAUGCAUCUCGAUGAUCGGCAUGCCUAAGGUGCUGCUGUUGGAUGAGCCAUACGACAGUGUCGAAACCACAUCGCGGAAGCGCAUCGCCAAAUACAUCAACUCUCUGCAGCAUGUUGCCAAGAUUGCCAUCGUGCUCACCUCUCACAGCCUAUCCGACGUGGAGUUCUUGUGCAACCGCAUCACCAUCCUGGGGGACGGCAAGCUGCAGUGCCUGGGGUCGCUGGCACACUUGAAGGACAAGUUUGGGAAGGGCUACGCCAUCACGGUAAAGACGUACCCAGACCGCCAACAGGACUUCUCCUACCACCAAGACGUCGCUAAUGCCGUGCGUGCAAACUUCCCCGAGGCGGAGCUCGUGUACAGCUACGAGGGCCUGCUCGAGUUUCGAAUGUCUCGCGUGCAAAUGCUGUGGAGCGAAAUGUUCACGAACAUGGCUCGGGUGAAGAAGCGCUUCAAGCUGCACGACUUCUUCAUCACGGACACGUCGCUGGAGCAGAUCUUCCUCAGCGUGACGCGGAAAGAGGCCAGCGAGGCAGCAGCUAAGGCGGUCAAGGCAAAGGCGCACCACAAGUCCAAGAUCGCCUCUACGCUUGGAAUUUGAUUUCAGAUCUUUGCAAUAAACCGCGUACGAGUUCAA